AUGUCGGAGGCUCGCCGGAGUCAAUUUAGCCAUGAACGAAUCGACAACUCUGAGAUUCAACACCGGAGAGUUGAAAUUGAGAACAUUCAUGGUGAGAAACUCGUGGGAGUUUUACAUGAUACCGGCUCUACCGAGACUGUUGUCAUCUGCCAUGGAUUUCAGUCAUCAAAGGAUCGGAUUCCCAUGGUGACAAUUGCCAAUGUAUUUGAAAGAGCCAUGAUCACUUCUUUCCGGUUUGAUUUCGCUGGCAACGGGGAAAGCCAAGGAUCAUUUCAGUAUGGUAACUACCGCCGUGAAGCUGAAGACCUCCGCUCUGUUCUGCAACACUUGCGUGGUGAAAACCGUGAAAUCUCUGCAAUAAUCGGACACAGUAAAGGUGGGAAUGUGGUGCUUUUAUAUGCAGCAAAGUACAAGGAUGUGCAGACUGUUGUCAACAUCUCAGGACGGUUUUUUCUAGAGAGGGGAAUACAAGGACGGCUUGGUAAGGACUUCACUAAGAGAAUCACAGAGAAUGGCUUCAUCGAUGUUAGGAAUAGAAAAGGAAAGUUUGAAUACCGGGUAACCGAAGAGAGUCUAAUGGACCGUCUCACAACCAAUACUCAUGAAGCAUGUCUCUCAAUCCAUGAAAACUGCAGGGUGUUAACAGUUCAUGGGACAAAUGAUAGAAUCGUGUCUGCAGAAGAAGCAUCCGAAUUCGCCAUAUACAUAAAGAAUCAUAAACUGUGUCUUAUUGAAGGAGCUGAUCAUGAGUUCACUUCUCACCAGCAUCAGCUUGCUUCUACUGUUUUGUCAUUCUUCAGAGUGGAUCCCAAGAGAGAUGAUGGUUGUUCAGCUGUUCCGAUUAAGUCGAGGAUGUAA